AUGGAUAUAAAGAGUACUGUUGCUGAAGAGGAGGAAGUUGAGAGUGGAAGUGAAGAAAAUGGUUCAAAGAAGAUCAGAUUCAGUGUGGUGAACUUAAACAACAAAGAUCCAUACUAUGAAAUAGUUAUAAAAAAAUCACACUCAAUUUUUAUGACUAUCCCGAUAAGCUUCGCGAGAUGGACAGGCAUAAUGUACAUGAAGAGAAUGAGACUGGUAAAUGGGAAAGGCAAGGAGUGGCGAGUAAACAUAGCACGCAAGGGCAGGUGGGUUCACAUAAAAGGAGGAUGGGCUGAAUUCCAAACAUGUAACAAGAUAGCAACUGGUGACACUUGCCGCUUCAAGUUUAUUCAGGGAAAUGGUGGCAAAAAUGUUUUACAGGUCCUAAAGAUCUCCAAACCCCAUUCCUUGCAGUAG